UCAGGUCGGGGAGCCGGUCGGGUUCCCGCUCGCCGCCGCCGCCCCCCGCAGAGCCUCUCCCGCCUCUCCGCCGCGAAAGCUGCAUCGCCCACUCUGCUCGCUGUGGAGUCGCCAGUCCGGGAACACCGAGCCUGAGACGCGACACGCUGAGUCCCCCGUCUCCUCCAACCGGGGCGACCCCUCCCGGGACCGCCUUCGCUCUGCGAGUCCGCCGGAGCCCCUAACCCCGAACGCUCCGCGGCCCCGCGCCCGCAACCCGGUUCCUGCACUCCCGCAGCCUCCGCCCCCCGCCCGGAACAUGGACUCCGACUCCUGCGCCGCCGCCUUCCACCCGGAGGAGUACUCCCCCAGUUACAAGAGGCGCAGGACUGUGGAAGACUUCAACAAAUUCUGCACCUUUGUCUUGGCCUAUGCUGGCUAUAUCCCAUACCCGAAGGAGGAGCUCCCUCUGAGGAGCAGCCCCAGCCCUGCCAACAGCACUGCUGGCACCAUUGACAGUGAUGGCUGGGAUGCUGGUUUUUCCGACAUUGCAUCCUCGGUGCCCUUACCUGUGUCUGACCACUGUUUUGGCCACCUGCAGCCCACCCUCUUGCAGCGAGCCAAGCCCAGUAACUACCUGCUAGACCGAAAGAAAACUGACAAGCUGAAGAAGAAGAAGAAGAGGAAGCGAAGGGAUAGCGAUGUGCCUGUGAAGGAGGGGUACAGGGGGGGCUUGCUAAAGCUGGAAGCUGCUGAUCCAUAUGUGGAGACCCCCACAAGUCCCACCCUGCAGGAAAUCCCCCAGGUCCCCAGCGACCCCUGCUCAGGCUGGGACUCCGACACUCCCUCAAGUGGAUCUUGUGCCACUGUUUCACCUGAUCAGGUCAAAGAAAUAAAAACUGAAGGCAAACGGACUAUUGUCCGGCAGGGAAAGCAGGUGGUGUUCCGAGAUGAGGAUAGCACUGGCAACGAUGAGGACAUAAUGGUGGAUUCAGAUGAUGAUUCGUGGGACCUUGUCACCUGCUUCUGUAUGAAGCCAUUUGCUGGCCGUCCCAUGAUAGAGUGUAAUGAGUGCCACACCUGGAUUCACCUGUCCUGUGCGAAAAUCCGGAAGUCCAAUGUUCCAGAAGUGUUUGUUUGCCAAAAGUGCCGGGACUCCAAGUUUGACAUCCGCCGUUCCAACCGUUCCCGAAUGGGCUCUCGGAAGUUAUUUCUGGACUGACUGCACUGGCGAGGAGACUACAGGCGAGGGACCAGAAGAGAUGGGGGCUCUGUGUCCCUUCCUUAGUUGAGCACAGAACUCCCAGCUCUGGUGUGGGCAGAUCCUGCCAUUCAGGUGCCUAAGUAAAAGGACAGGCUGUCCGAGGUAGAAACUGUAUAUAGCCAGCGCUCGAAUAAAAUCCUCGUUGGCCAAAGCUGCUGCCAGAGCUAUGUUCUCUGCAGUGGAGGUGGACUGAACACCCAAGUGCGGUGGGUUUGGUUAAGCUGAAAGUGAGGGUACAUGGUGGUUGUGAAGUUUUGCUGUCAUUGUUAACAAAUUCCUGCCAUUUGGAACAAGUGCUUAUGUUAUCCCUGCUUCCACUGUGGUAGGGAGAGAGACACUUGGUUUCCCUGCCUGUCAAUGAACAGCCAUAUGUGUGAGUUUCUUCCUCAGUGUCUGUGUUACCAUAAGUGUCUGUACAGCAGCUGUCUAAGUUGGCCCCUGCUUUUUGUGGUCAGCAUACUCCCUUUCUGCCUUGGCUGCACUUCUUGGCCGGGAGCUGCUGCUUGAGCUCUCUGCUGUCACUGGGAGGAGCCCUGGGGUGGUGGACAAGCUGGUGAUUCUUUGGUUUUCCCUGUUUGUUAAAAGGGAUAGUCUGUGGCCACUUCUCUAUGGAAAGGGGGUUGUCUGGGGAGUUGAGGUGGCCUGUGUUCAUAACUCCUGUUUGCACGAUGUAAAAAAAAAAAAACAAAAAAAACCUGUCUUUUUUGCACGAUACAUCCAAAAGUAUUGGCCGGUGUCUUGCUGGGGGCCCUUUCUCUUUGGUAGGUGUCUGAGGUCUCAGGGGGCCCCUGGAAACUGUUCUGGGUUCUCUUGUUUCUUCCCUCUCUUGUUCCACUAGAACCCUCUAGAUUAGGCAGCCCUUGGGCUGGGAUGUGAGCGCUGUUCCUUCAGAUAAUGGGUAAGAACAAUUGGGAGGGAGCUCUCUGGUGAAUCUUACUGUGCCCUUGAUACAGGCUGGCCUGCUGGUUCCUCUGGGCAAGGUUAGGACUAGAAUCCUCCUUUUGGUUUGAAUUCGUGAGUGAAUGGCAAUGGGAACGUUAGCUGUUGAACUGUGCAGAGGUCUAAAUUAGGAUCCUGGACUGGGGAGGGUCCUAGGAGGGCCAGCUCUGGAGAGACCAGGGAGUUUACACCUGAUCCCCCCCCCACAGAACUCUGCUCAAGCGCGGUGGCUGGGGAGAGAAGGCCUCUCCAAUAGUGAAGUUACUUUUUGGCAGUUAAAUACUUGUUCUUAAUGUUUUGUGAAGUGAUGGGUAUGGUUCAUGAGGAUUGUUUCUUGUUAGGCAUGAAAAGGGAAGAAUGCCUAAGUUGGUCAUAUUUAUUUGCAUAUUAUUUGCAGCUGGAUUGGCCUCACAGCUUCCUGCUGGGGCUUCCCCUCUGUGUGGUACCUUUGCCAGGCCCACAAGGCAUUAUCCCAGGUUCUCUGACUGAAGCACCUGCGGAGAGGGGGUCUGAACUGUAAUUUGGUAAUGAGAGCCCAUUGUUUUGUCCUAGUAGCUUUCAUACUUGUCCUGUCAACUGUCUUAGUUUUUAAAAAUCCUGUUGCUUAUAUUAAAGUACGAAAGUAGAAAUAGUUUCUGAAACUCAUUUUAUUGUAAAGAUCCCAAGGGAGAAUUCUGCUGUAGUGAAAAAUAGUGAGCUGUUUUAGAAACAACCUUGUCCCCAGGCUGUUGUCUGGCACUGACUGGGGCAAACACCCAGGACAAGUUGGGGAAGAAUUUGCCAAAGAUCUGCCCCAUGACAAUGCCUGUCCAGUGUCUUCACCAUGAGAAU